GAACUGGACUGGUAUAGCGACAUCCUGCGUUUGCGAGUUAUCUGCAAUCACGGUUCUGUAACCAUUCUGUGUUUUUACGCUGAUGAUAUCCUGCCUUGGCGGCCUGCGCUUAGCAAGUGUGAGCACCAGGCCUAUUUCGAUGAACCAAGUGCGAACGCUGAUUUUAAAUUCUCUAAUUUUGGGGCCCUUCGGAUGACAAAGACCUUUGGAAAUGUCAUGCGGCACCUUCUCACAUGA